AUGGGGAACUCCGAUCUUGCGCCUGCGCAGGGCAGGUUGCUCGGCGUUGCCUCGGCGCUUGUCCGGGAGGAGAUGGCUUCAACCGGCCGUUGGAUUCGGGCUCUCACCCGGGGCAUUACAAAGAACCUGCAACUAGCUGGGAGCUGCACCUCCGUCCGGGCUGCCUCUGGCCUUUCCAAGGACAUGCUGCCAGGUCCAUAUCCCAGGACACCGGAGGAACGAGCAUUAGCAGCAAAGAAAUACAACAUGAGAGUGGAGGAUUAUGAGCCAUAUCCGGAUGAUGGAAUGGGAUUUGGUGACUACCCAAAGCUACCGGACAAGUCACAGCAGGAGCGAGAUCCAUGGUAUUCUUGGGAUGAACCUGACCUGCGAAGAAAUUAUGGUGAACCGAUGCAUUGGGAUUUUGAUAUGUUCAUUCGUAAUCGAGUUGAUACCUCCCCAAGCCCCGUGGACUGGAAUACUAUGGUUAAGCACUUUUGCGGCUUUCUAGGAUUUAUGCUCAUCAUGUUCUACGUUGGAGAAAUAUUUCCCUCCUACCAGCCAGUGGCUCCUAAACAAUAUCCUUACAACAAUCUUUACCUGGAGAAUGGAGGUUCGCCUGAUGAAGAACCACCCAAAGUGCACAACUAUGUUAUAUGAUUAUAUUUCUGUGGCAGAUUACAGGGUAUGUGUACAAUUAUGUGUACAAUGAAUAAUGGACUAAAGAACAUUAAUAAAAUUACCAUCAUAUUUAUGAAAA